AUGCUACAGCGCUUGGCAGUGCGCUCUAGCGCAUUCCUAAGUGCUCGCCAGCAGAGCCGAUCUACCGCCAUCAAAUUGCAGAUGGCUAGCUUUUCAUCUGAAGAGGACUGGCGUAUAUCCGACGAAGACUUUGACGAGGGGCCCGACAAGAUCAUUGACAAGGAUCGCCGUGACUCCAUGCCGCGUCGUCAGACGAUGCCGGAAGCAGCCAAGAAAAGCCGCUUUAUGGUCGUAGCCCCCGAGAACCGUGGCAAGGUGCGUCGUCGCCUGUUGGAUGAGUUUAAAAAGGACGGCAUUACGCUGGUGGACCCAGACCAGCCAGGCCAGUAUCUCACGCCCGACACAGGUAUUCUACGAGACAUGCGUGCUAUGAACAAAGAAGGCGAUGAGAUGGAGUUUGCUGAUGAUGAAGAGGAAGCCGAGCUUAAUCUUGGUCGGAUGGGGCUAUUGCGUCAAAUCGUACACGUGGACCAAGUACAGAAAGUCACGACGCAGGAGCGGAUCGUUAACUUUCGCGCGCUCGUUGUUGUCGGCAAUAUGCGUGGUGUGGCUGGUUAUGCUGUGGGUAAGGGCUCAUCGCCUCCCAUCGCUAUCGAGCGUGGCACAAAGCUUGCAAUGAAGCGGUUUACCUACAUCGAUCGCUUCGACGACCGCACACUAUACCACGAAGUGCACGGUAAGUGGAACAGCUGUACGCUGUUUCUUCGCCCAGCACCUAAGGACAAGGGACUUACCGUGAGCGAUACCGUGGCCUGUGUGCUUGACUGCUUUGGCAUCACGGACAUUGUGUCCAAGACCCACGGCCAGCGCAAUCCCUUUACUGUUGUCAAGGCUACGUUUGACGCGCUUGCCAAGCAUGAGACGGCUGAGGAAAUUGCUCUUCGAACAGGCCACUCACUCGUGGAGCUCAGCACCCUGGCGCGCAUGCGCAACCUGUAG